UGAAGCGGCACGCGCCAAGCUGCAAGGGACGCCCUCUGUACUGUGCCACGUGCGACAAGACGUUCGACGCAGUGAAGGCGUGGUACAAACACCGUGCCAGCCAUCGGAACGUAGAGAGUAAAAAGUUCCAGUGUCAGUUGUGUCAUAAGCCAUUCACUGCCCGAUCCGGCUCGCUUCAGCACGAGUGGGAAGUUCACAAGUUUAUUCGGCCUGAGCUGGCUGACGAAGUUACGAUUUGCAAAAUGUGCAACAAACCGUGCUACUCGAAGGAUUCUUACGAACAGCACUUGCAGUCGCACAUGCAUAUCGAAAAUAAGACUUUCCAGUGUAAAAUUUGUGAGAAAUGCUUUGGAUCGGAAAACUGUCUCAAGGGUCACACAACUCGGCAAGAGUGCGAGAAAAAGGUGAUGUUGGGCGCGAAUGGCGUUUACAAUUGUUUCGAGUGCAGCAAAACGUUUUCGCAGCAAAUUUUUCUGAUCCGACACAUGCGUCGGCACGCCCACAUCAUCAACGGUACCUACAAGUGUGACCUCUGUGGGAAGCACUUUGCCUCCAACAAAGAACUCCAAACCCACACGAAAAACUUCCACGAAUUGCGGAAACCCUCGGCGGUGGAUCUUAUCCUGACCGACGAGCGGGGCCACUUCAAGUGUCCCAAGUGUGACACGACGUACGAGAAUCGUCAGUCCUGCCUGAAGCACAUCCUGCGCCACGAGGCGCUCGAAACGGAACGUCGACGAAACUCUAUCAUGGACGGAACAUCAAGCUCGCCGGGGCGUCCCAAGCGGAAUGUGACCAUACGAGAUUACAGCCUGCUGUUCAAGCGACCACCGAACAUCCAGAAGACCAAGAGUGCUCGUGUUCCGAGCAGCGAAUUCUGGACGAAUCGGGAAGUUGCAGUCAAAGAGGAAGUGCCAUUUGUAGUCUACGAAACGGAUGCCAAUCUGAGCGAGGAAAUCGAUAUCAAACCGGAACUCGAAGACGGUUCCAGUGGUGCCGAGGUUGAUGCGACAUCGUUUUCCGAAGCUAUCGUAAAGGACGAACUUAUCAUAGAGGAUGUCUUGGAUGCCGUGGAGGAGGAGGAUGUAGAGUGGGUGGUGGAAGAAGGUCAGGUUGAGGACCGUCCAGCUCAGGACGAUGUUAGGCUUGAAAGCAACGUUUCAUGUGGGAAGGAACGUGUGGAUCUUAAAAGGCGUGGUCGACCGCCUAAAUCGAAAAAAAUAGUGAAAAGGGUUAAAAAGUCAGAGCUCGGGAAAUCCGAUGCCGAUAUUUUGAUCUCCAGCGGGCGCAAGUUCAAGCGAAAACAUCUGUGCGAAAUAUGCGGAAGAAAGUUUACCAACAGGAAGGGUCUCUCCGUUCAUAAGCAGGCCCACGCAAAGCGACAGCCUUCGGUGGUGGUCACAGAACCGCCGCAGGUUCCCACGCCGGAUAAAAGUGGCCUCUUCCAGUGUUCCGAAUGUUCGAAAAGGCUGACGUCGCGCGAAAAUUACGUUGCCCAUUACAAGUGGCACAUGUAUCUGAAACAGAUCGGCAUUGAGUGCAACGUCUGCGGUGAGUUGUUUGAAUUCCAGAAUACACUCAAAAUGCAUUUGAGAACACAUGUGAAAGACAUUGACUCAAGCGUGAAGGUUGUCGAGGAUGAAAACGGAUUGUUCAGAUGUUCCGAGUGCAUGAGCACUCACGUUAGUCGAGUCAACUGUAUCAACCAUAUCCGGACCCAUGCCAACAACUUCCGGUGUGCAACCUGUGGAAAGUUCUGGGAGUCGGAGAAGCAUCUUCGGAAGCACGAGAAGAUUCACGAGAGAACACUCGCCAAUUCCAUCGUAGUCGAAACGAACGAGAACGGAUUGUUCAAGUGCAGCGAGUGCCCCAAAGUCUACAUCCAGCGAACUCUAUGCGUCAGCCAUAUGCAUCGCUUCCAUGGGAUAAAACCUUUUAAAAUCCAGACCGAGCCAACUCCUCCGGAAGGUGCCGAAACAUUCAACAAAUGUCCAGAAUGUAGCAAAACAUUUACGAAUCCAGUCGCCUACGAUCAGCACAUGCGAAGACAUCGAAACGUCAGCGAAGGUCGCUUCAAGUGCAAGGAAUGCGGACAGAACAUGCCAACGAAGUCUAUGCUCGGCAGCCACACCUUAAUGCACCGGCGCCUCCGCCAAAAUCCGGAAGGAAAUUUCACCUGUGUCAAGUGCGACAGAGACUUUCCCAGCUGGAAUUCAUUGUCUCGUCAUGUUACAUCGCACAAAAGGAUAACCAAAAAUUGUCUCUACAAGUGCAAGAUGUGUGAAAUGACCUACGUUUCUCUGCAAGCCCUGGUCAAGCACCGAUUGGUCAGCCAUCCUGGAGACGAUUUCGAUCGGGAAUCCACGAUCGUAACCGAGUUGCCAGCGGAGGACGGCCUGAGUACGUCCGCCACGGUUGAGCUAAAAUGUCCCGAGUGCGACAAAACCUACACGGACCGGGGGAAACUGCGAGUUCACCUAAACAAGCACAACAACAUUAGGGCUGGGCGGUUCCAGUGUAAGCACUGUGGACGGAAGCACGGGACGCAUGCAGAACUCAAGAAACAUGAAUUUAGUCAUGAGAUGAUGCGGACGAAAAGAAAAUGAAAACGUUUGCGCUCGAGAGGGUGAUCGCUUUGUUUCGGUUGUACAACGAAUAAAUGAUUUUAUUAUUUUAAUGAUGCUUUCAACUAA